AUGGUUGACGUUGCACUUGCAUCUCCACUCCAUUGAACUCUUCCAGUUGAAACUUGUCCACACCUUGUCCACACACCUUUCCUUUGAUUUUGAUAAGACAUGUUCAUAUUCCAUUUUCAAACCAACAAAAAAUUAAAAUAAAUCAAAAUUGAAGAUUUUAGUAUCAUCAUCAAUCCCCCCUAAAAAACAUGUCUGUAACAUCUUCAUUCCCAUGCAUCAAAAUCCCAACUCAUUCCUCUUCAUCUUCAUGUGCAUCUUCAUCAACUUCAACCUAUUCUUUUAGAUUCUCUUCUUCCAAGCUUUAUGCUGUUACUGUAAGGAAUUCUAAGAGUGAAGGGCCUUUGAGAAGACCAAUGGCUCCUUCUGUGAAAGAACCAUCUAAUGUUCCUCAGCCUUUGAAACCCUCACCUCCUUCUCAGCCUCCACCACAGCCUCAGAAUGUGGCUUCUGUUGUUGGAAAUGAUAAAAGUGUUGUUACUUUAGAGUUUCAGAGGCAAAAGGCUAAGGAAUUGCAAGAAUACUUCAAAAAGAAGAAGCUUGAAGAUGCAAAUCAGGGUCCCUUUUUUGGAUUCAUUGCCAAAAAUGAGAUUAGCAAUGGAAGAUGGGCAAUGUUUGGUUUUGCUGUUGGGUUGUUAACCGAGUUUGCAACCGGCUCAGACUUUGUCGAUCAAAUGAAGAUCCUUCUCUCGAAUUUUGGGAUACUAGAUUUGGAAUGAAUAACUUUAUAUAUAGAUACACUGUCAAUAGUUUCUUGUUGCUUUUCAAUAUGUAAACAACGUUUAUCAAUUUGUUUCAUCUUCAUAUGUAGCAAGCAAGCUUGCUUGCUUUAUUAUGAAAUUACAAUAAUGUGAUUUUCCUUUUCUAUGGUUCAAAACUCUUAAUAUAGAUAUGGUAAGCUUUUUUAA